AUGAGACUUCGACUGCAAAGGUAUAAUCUUAAAGUGAGAUAUGUUCCAGGGAAGUUUCUUUAUAUUGCAGAUACCCUUUCAAGAGCAAUCGAUCAGUCCAAUGUUCCUACUGAUGAUGAUAUACAUCAUGACAUGGAGCAGUUCAUUCAUAGUGUAAUUCUCGAUCUCCCAAUUUCGGAUAUGAAGGUGAUGGAAUUACGACAGCUAAAUUGCAAUGAGCCUACUACGCAGUUGUUACAUAGGUAUGCCAUGGAGGGUUGGCUCCAACACAAACGUGAGGUACCUCCUUCUCUUAAGUCUUUCUGGAAUGUCAGGAAUGAUAUUCACGUAAGCGAUGGAAUCCUUCUCAAGGACAACAGGCUUGUCAUUCCAUUUACGUGGAGAGCGGAUAUACUUCAGAAAUUACAUUUAAGUCACUGUGGCAUUGAGAAAACCAAAGCUAAUGCACGUACAACGGUAUUUGGCUUGGCAUGA